AUGGCAUCUGUGAUUAUACCACCGAUGCCACCUUCGGCCCGUGAUGAUGCUCUCCAUCUCUACCGUGCCUUCAAAGGAUUUGGAUGCGACACGGCAGCAGUGAUCAAUAUUCUAGGGCACAGAAAUGCAACACAGCGUGCUGCCAUCCAAAAAGAAUACCACGCCACCUACUCCGAAGACCUCAACAAGCGUUUGUCCUCCGAGCUUAGUGGACAACUCAAGAGAGCAGUGAUAAUGUGGAUGCCUGAUCCGGCAACGCGGGACGCCAACAUCGUACGGCAUGCUUUGGAGGGAGAUGUUGAUCUCAAAGCUGCCACUGAAGUCAUAUGUUCUCGAACUCCCUCCCAGAUGCGACAAUUCAAACAAAUCUAUUUCUCCAGCUUUGACGUCGACCUUGAGGAUGACCUUGCUACUAAAUUAUCCUCUGGAGAUCACAAAAAGUUGCUGGUAGCAUACAUUAGUGUGCCACGCUACGAAGGUCCAGAAUAUGAUCAAGCGAUGGUGCAGAAGGAUGCAGAACUUCUCAAUAAGGCUGGGGAGAAGAAAUUGGGGACGGAUGAGAAGGUUUUCAUCCAAAUUUUCAGUGAAAGAAGCAGGGCACAUUUGGUUGCUGUUGGCUCUGCUUAUCAAAGUUUGUAUGGUCAUUCAUUGGAAAAGGCAGUAACCAAGGAAACAUCUGGGUAUUUUUUUAAUGCACUUUUGACAAUAUUGCAGUGUGCUGACCAUCCUGGCAAGUAUUUUGCAAGGGUUUUACGCAAGGCAAUGAAGGGUUUGGGUACGGAUGACCCAACACUGAUAAGGGUAAUUGUGACAAGGGCUGAGAUUGAUAUGCAGUACAUAAAGGCAGAAUAUCGGAAUCAAUAUGGAAAAUCAUUGCAUGAUGCAGUUCAAUCAGAUACCUCUGGACAUUACAAGGCCUUUCUUCUCUCUCUUUCAGGCACCAACCCUUAGCUAAAAUCACUCUGCCAAGUAUCAGACGUCAAAUCCUCUCUUUUACGCAAUCUAAGAGGCUUGAAAUUAAUUAGACAAAGCUUGAUCGGCGGAUGUUAAACAAGGUCAAAAGCUAUGGCCUAAGCUGCAAGUUGUUUCUUAAUCUGCUUGAAAUGCAGACUGUCUCCUGCCUGGCUGGUCAUACUUGAAUGUAUAGACUAGAGCUCUGAAUUUUGUUUUGCAUGUGUGGUUUAGGUUAAAACUCGUGUAAUAAUAUGUACAUGAAAAUUAUAAGCAUCAUAUGUUUGUGAUAAAAUUAACCAGUCUACAUAGGCUACCCCUCUCCCCUGUUUUUUCCUUUGCCAUUUUUACCUUUGGGGCAUCUAGCACAUAGUCCUAAACCAAUGCUGCCUGCCUAAUUAUGCAGUAGUUU